CUUUUCUCCGAUAUGCCGAGGAUAACUGGGAGGGAUAUUUGGAGCAUGAUUCAGACAACUGUCGCGACAAGUCAUUGUCAGUGUAUCUUUCUUGCUUAUGCUCGAUGAGAAAUGUACACGAACCAUCCUUUGUCAGACAGAAGAGGAUGCAAAGGUGCCUGCGACAUGGAGCGAUCUAGGCCAUUAUAUCCAUCAUAACGUUGAGCAGGUCAAACUGCGAUCAUUAGCACCAAUGUCCACGAGAUUGAAGGCAUGGUUGCUUAUCGUCUUCAGGACAACUUGAGAAAAAUAAAAGAAAAUAUAAACAACGCGU